AUGGCUGCGCCCACGGAAGCCCAGCUCGCCCAUCAGCAGCUCAUCGAGGAGCUCGACACCCACGCGAUCCAGAAGACGUUUCGCAGCUCGACGUGGAAACCCAACCAGCGCCGCAACAAGAACCUGAAAGCCAUUGUCGGCGACGCCUCUAAGAGGGAAGCCUCGGCGUUGGCGACCCCAGCCGAUGGCAGCGGCGCCGCGACGCCCGCCCGCGACGACGGCCUCUCAACCAGCGGCACCUCGACACCCGCGACGACAGGCGGCAGCAGUGCGGCUCCCAACCUGGCGCAGGCAUCCAGCAGCCUGUCGAAGCUCGUGCUGGAAAAGAGCCUCAAGCCGCCCGGAGGUGGCGUGAUGGGAGGCGGCACCACCCCGGCGGCCACGUACACGAAUAUUGAGUCGGCGCCGUCGCUCGCGCACUCGAAGCGGUACUGCGACGUCACCGGCCUCCCGGCGCCAUACUUUGACCCCAAAACGAGGAUGCGCUACCACAACAAGGAGGUCUUUGCCCUGAUCCGUUCGCUCCCGCAGAGCACGGCUGAGCUGUACCUCGAGGCCCGCGGUGCUCACACCAUCCUGAAGUGA